CGUCUGGGGAGGGAGCAGGCGGAGGGGGUAAGCUGCGAUUACAAGCAGGAACCGGCAGCAGCUGUCCCAGGCCCGGGCCAGGAGAGCCUGGACGGUUGCCCCGGUGCGAGCGGGGGAGGCACUUCCUUUUCCUGAACUCUGGGAUCCUGCGGGAGGAAGCGGGGAAGUUGGGCCGGGCGCGGCCGAGGACGUGCUGACUGUGGUGGGGCUGACCCUCCAGAAGCACUGGGCCUGCCUCCGGGAGAAGCUGGGCUGCCAGAGGCCUGGGAUGAGGAGCUGGGCAGCCAGGAGGCCCAGUGUGGGCCGUGGCCCAGGCCCUUACAAUGGAGUCCAUGUUUGAGGACGACAUCAGCAUUCUGACCCAGGAGGCCCUGGCACCCAGUGAGGUGUGGCUGGAUGGUCCUGGAGACCCCUCGCUGGGUGGAGACAUGUGCUCUGCCUCUCACUUUGCCCUCAUCACGGCCUACGGAGACAUCAAGGAGCGGCUGGGGGGCCUGGAGAGGGAGAAUGCUACCCUCCGCCGCCGCCUCAAAGUCUAUGAGAUCAAGUACCCACUGAUCAAUGACUUUGGAGAGGAGCACGGCUUCUCUCUGUAUGAGAUCAAGGAUGGCUCCCUGCUGGAGGUGGAGAAGGUCAGUCUGCAGCAACGGCUCAACCAGUUCCAGCAUGAGUUGCAGAAGAAUAAGGAGCAGGAAGAACAGCUUGGGGAGAUGAUCCAGGCUUAUGAGAAGCUCUGUGUGGAGAAGAGCGACUUGGAGACAGAGCUGGGGGAGAUGCGGGCCCUGGUAGAAACCCACCUGCGGCAGAUCUGUGGUUUGGAGCAGCAGCUGCAGCAGCAACAAGGCCUCCGGGACGCAGCCUUCCCCAGCCUGAGUCCCCCACCUGCCCCUGCCCCACCCUGUGCUGAUCUGGACCUGCACUACCUGGCACUGAGAGGGGGGUCUGGCUUAAGUCACGCAGGCUGGCCAGGCCCCACGCCCAGCGUGAGUGAGCUGGAGCGGCGGCAGCUGGAGGAAGCCCUGGAGGCUGCCCAGGGGGAAGCUCGGGGGGCUCAGCUCCGGGAGGAGCAGCUCCAGGCAGAGUGUGAGCGGCUACAGGGCGAGCUCAAGCAGCUGCAGGAGACCCGGGCCCAGGACUUGGCCUCCAACCAGUCGGAGCGGGACAUGGCGUGGGUGAAAAGAGUUGGGGACGAUCAGGUGAAUUUGGCGCUGGCCUACACGGAGCUGACAGAGGAGCUGGGCCGGCUUCGGGAGUUGAGUUCUCUGCAGGGGAGGAUCUUGAGGACUUUGUUGCAGGAGCAGGCCCGGAGUGGCGGCCAGAGGCACUCGCCGCUGUCUCAGCGCCACUCCCCGGCCCCCCAGUGCCCCUCCCCCUCCCCGCCUGCCCGAGCGGCGCCCCCGUGCCAGUCCCCCGUCCCCCAGCGCCGCUCUCCAGUGCCCCCGUGCCCCUCGCCGCAGCAGCGCCGCUCGCCCGCCUCGCCCUCCUGCCCGUCGCCCGUCCCGCAGCGCCGCUCGCCGGUGCCGCCGCCGUGCCAGUCCCCCAGCCCGCAGCGCCGCUCCCCGGUGCCCCCCGGCUGCCCGGCCCCACAGCCCCGGCCGCCGCCGCCCCCGCCGCCGGGGGAGAGGCCGCUGGCUGAGCGCGCCUACGCCAAGCCGCCCAGCCACCACGUGAAGGCCGGCUUCCAGGGCCGCCGCAGCUACUCCGAGCUGGCCGAGGGCGCGGCCUACGCGGGGGCCUCCCCGCCCUGGCUGCAGGCCGAGGCCGCCACGCUCCCCAAGCCCCGGGCCUACGGCGGCGAGCUCUACGGCCCCGGCAGGCCCCUCAGCCCGCGGCGCGCCUUCGAGGGCAUCCGGCUGCGCUUCGAGAAGCAGCCGUCGGAGGAGGACGAGUGGGCCGUGCCCGCCAGCCCGCCCAGCCCGGAGGCGGGCACCAUACGCUGCGCCUCCUUCUGCGCCGGCUUCCCCAUCCCCGAGUCGCCCGCCGCCACCGCCUACGCCCACGCCGAGCACGCGCAGUCCUGGCCGUCCAUCAACCUGCUGAUGGAGACGGUGGGCUCUGACAUCCGCAGCUGCCCCCUCUGCCAGCUGGGUUUCCCGGUCGGGUACCCCGAUGAUGCCCUCAUCAAACACAUUGACUCCCAUCUGGAGAACAGCAAGAUCUAGGGCGCCUCCCCCACUGCUGGCUGUUUCUCUGCCCUCUCCCAUCACCCCCAAACACUCACUCAAUUUGAAUGCUGCAUGAAUCUCGUGGGGGGCCCCUGCCCCUUGCGACCCCCCAGAUACCUCCACUAGCUACCGAGUCAAUGUGCGUGCCGUCUUCCCUGUUCCCGGCACCACUCAGCUCUGGCUCUUCCCAGGAGGUCAGCCGAGGCUCCACCCAUUCCUGGCUUUUGCUGGGGAGGUGGGGAUCUGGGUUGGGAUGGGGAGGGGCAUCACCCCCCCUCCAGACCUCUCCCUCUGCCUUUCUGUUCUUAAACAGGGUUGGAUCCAAGAGAUGUCUAGUGCUUGGUCCUGGGGGAGGGGGAGGGUGUCAGAGAACUCCAGGAGCUCCCUGAGCCCCUCCCCAAAUGACCUUCUUUCCUAGGCUCUGCUCGUCUGGGGAGCACCUCCAGUGUGGGGUCCCAGAGCCUGCCCUGGACACUGAUGCCAGUUUCUCCAUCCCACAACCAGCUUGGGGCUCGUGGCAUGGGCCUCCAUUGGGGGAAGGAGGCAUCUUGUUUCUUGCCACCCUGCAGGCCAGCCCUAUUCUCCCCCUCUGCCCACUCUGGGGAUUAGGGAGGGUGG